AUGCCCGAGAAGAGUGUGCGCACGUUCAAGGACGUGAGGGGGUGUGACGAGGCGAAGGCGGAGCUGGAGGAGAUCGUGGAGUAUCUGCGCGCCCCCGACCGCUUCACCCGCCUCGGUGGCAAGCUGCCUAAGGUGAGAGGGGAAGGGGAGCACUCAGCUGAAGGUGCGAGUGAGGGGGGCACGCUGCUGAAGGGGGUGCUGCUGAUCGGCCCACCAGGCACGGGCAAGACGCUGCUCGCCAAGGUGCCCCCCUCUGCUGCCCCCUCCUUUCCUCUGCGCUUUUUGCUUGCAUCACUCUCCCCUCCCCUCCCCUCCCCUCCCCUCCCCUCUUCUCCCCUCCCCUCCCCUCUUCUCCCCUCCCCCCACCUCCGCUCCUCUCCGCUCCCUUCCAUCCGCCUCGUCUCCAUCCACUCGCCGCUGCUCUGUCUAUCUGAGGCGCCUCAUUCCCUCACACCACUGUCACCCGCCUCCUCUGCUCACCCUCGUCCCCCCCGCCCCCUCCCACUCCGUGCUCGCAUGGGCGCGGCGGUGUGGGCGGGCGGCGGCAGGCCAUAG